AUGGAAGAAAGCUUAUCGGAUAGGUACUUCAGCUUUAGGAACAAUUUAAAACAGCGAAACACAUCGCAGAGGUUUUUCGACUGGAUCCUGAACUACCCCCUGUUCAACGAAAUCCGAAAUAGUAAUCUGUCUAACCGCUUCAGCAGCCUCUGCAUAAACGAUGGGCAAAAUUUUUACCCGAAACAAACGCAGCCAACAGUGAAAAGGAGAAUAUCGAACAAGAAGGACUCAAGCGUGCCCAUCAGCGAGCCCAACGAACUGACCACGAAUUUGAUUAAAAAUGGAAUAAGGCAAGAAGAUUAUAGUCUCAUAGUGAACAACAAGUUUUACUUGAAGAUAAUUAAAAGGAGCGAAAAGAUUUACAAAACAUACAACGAUGAUAUUAAGGACGAAAGAAAGAAAAAAAAAAUAUUUGAAAAAGUUAAGCAAAAAUAUUUUAAAAAAAAAGAAAACAGUGAAAUGUAUAAUAUCCCACCUGUAAUUCCUGUGAAUUAUUCUGCAAGGAAAAAAAAAAAAAAAAAUUUUGGAUGA